UGAUAUUUUUAAAAACUGCGUCAUCUGCAGUUUCUCCCUAACGCUCGCAGUACAUCGCAGCCACAGUUACCACAAACAUGCAGUAGUAGUAGUAGUUGUUGUAGUAACCGGUACCAGCGCGUUUUAAGCUCGGGUUGCGUCGGUCAAAUCAGAUUAUUGGGAAGUUUAAACUGGAUUCUGACGUAAAGGGUUUAAAGCCCGGGCCGACAGAAGAGCAUCGCAUGCGCGCGCUCACGCAGCAGAUGAGGAGAGCAGCUCGUGCCACCUCCAGUCAACAAACCCUCCUCUCUCGGGACCUGAGCAUGACUCCUCAGACGUUUCACUGCGACUGAACAGGACGGACGACGGCUGCUUAACAUGGCUUCGUAUCUGCAGAUCGCUGAUGAUGAGAAAGGCCAUGAACUGGACCUUUUCUGUGUCCCGAGACAUUAUGAGAACGAUUUGGACAAGGUGAUCAUCCCCCAUGGACUCAUCAUGGACAGGACAGAGCGUCUCGCCCGUGACAUAAUGCGGGACAUGGGGGGACACCACAUCGUAGCUCUGUGCGUGUUAAAAGGGGGCUACAAGUUCUUCGCCGAUCUCUUGGACUACAUUAAAGCACUGAACCAGAACAGCGAUAAAUCAGUCCCGCUGACGGUGGAUUUCAUUAGGGUGAAGAGCUACUGUAAUGACAAGUCGACAAACAACGUCAAAGUCAUAGGAGGGGAUGAGCUGUCCAGUCUCUCAGGCAAGAAUGUUUUGAUUGUUGAGGAUAUUGUCGAGACAGGAAGGACGAUGCAGACGCUACUUUCUCUGCUGAGUGAAUGUAAUCCCAAGAUGGUUAAAGUAGUAAGCCUUUUGGUGAAAAGGACCCCGAGGAGUUCAGGGUACAGACCAGACUACAUUGGUUUUGAAGUUCCUGAUGCCUUUCUGGUGGGUUACGCUUUGGACUACAAUGAGUACUUCAGAGAUCUCAGUCACAUCUGUAUACUGAAUGAUCAAGCCAAGGAGAAGUACAAAGUGUGAGUGGAUGAAGUGCUGCAGAGGUGAUGACUGAAUCAAUGAAGACUAGGACCACUGUGAUGACCCUCCUUAGCUUUGCUGUGUUUUGAAUCCUAUUUAUUUUUGUACACAUGAAUCCACAAAAUGUGACUUGUGGGUUGUAAAUAACUUCAAGAAGAAGAAUUCAUUCCCCUGCCCAUUGAAUACAUGGGAUCAAUUAUGUAUAUUAUGAAUAUUUUGGUUGUUAAAUUUUAAUUUAUUUAUUCACUUAUGUGUACAGACUUUUCCUGUAAAUUGCAGUUUUACUUUGGAGAUUUGGAGAAAAAUGUGAAUUUGUUUUGGCUCAUCAAAUCACACAUCUCAGGCUACUGCUUUAUGUUCAGCGAGCUGUCAGUCAGAUUUACGUAGCCUUUUGCACGAUUCUUUUUUUUGACUUAAAUACGCAUAUAUCCUCUCAUUAUGCCAUAAAUUGACUGACUUGGAAUGUACUGUAUGUUUUAUUUCAUAUCUGAUGUUAUCAUCGGGGACCUGUUUACAGCAAUACAAAUCCCGUUGAAACCUUGAA